UUUUCCUCGUCCAUUAUCAUCUCAACAUCCCAUCCAUUCUAUUUUCUCCUCUCACCUAUGUCAUAAAUCACAUCUCGAUACCAUCCAAAGAUGACAUGUCUUCAGACGAUGAGGACAUCGAAAGCCACUACGAUGCCGAGAUCGACGAGGAAGAAAGGGGGAUUUUAGAUUAUAUCAAUGUCGCAAAGCUGGAUGAGCCAACGCUCCCGCUCCCGUCAAUCCCACGGGAGAAACCACUCCCGAUCCCACUUUGUAUCUUGGAAAAGAUCAAGGCCAAAGAUGUAAAGGCUGUCAGCUUGCAUGAACGACAUUGCUACGCUUGUCGCGAAGCUCUCAAACACUAUUGGCCGGAAUACUUUACCUUGAGAGACGAAUCAGAUGGCUCGACAUCCGGGGUCGGCACCUCUAUCGGCUCAGAAGCCUUGGAAGAAGAAGAGCGCCGCCAAGAGGAAAGAAGAAGACAGUUGGAGGAAGCACGACAAUUAAGAUUAGAAGAAGACGCAAGGCGAAAAGAAGAGGAAGCAGAGAGAAGGAAAAAUCUUUACAAACCUCCUAAAGCAUUCCAGUUGAAGAAGACUGAGAAGAAAGAAAUUGAAUCUAAGGACCCCUUCUCGACAGAUCGAAAUCUGAACAUUCCAAAGAACGAAGGGUUCAAACUCAAGAAAACCGAGAAGCAGACGACAAAGUUUAUCGAGCAUUCCCGACAGGAAACCGAAUGGAAAGAGCCGAAGAAAUUUGAACUUACGAAGACGGAACCGAAAACAACAAAAACGGAUUGGAAGCCCCCGGAAAGACCCGAAAGACUGAGACCUGCGACUCCGCCGACGCCGCCACCUCCACCGAAAGGAAAGAAACCCACAGUGCCCAUCGAGCCGAAAAAGCGAGAACCUCCUCCGAAGAAACCCGAUCCUCCGAAGCAGGUCGAAAAGCCGAAGCCGAUUGAAAAGCCUAAACCCGUUGAAAAGCCGAAAGAACCUCCUCAACAGAAAAGAGAGCCAAAGCCGGAACCAAAACCGAAACCCGCACCAAAACCUGUCGAAAAACCGGUUAGAGAACCCCCUAAACCAAAGGAAGUACCGAAACCAAAAGAACCACCCAAAGAGAAAGUGCAACCGGAGCCAAAACAGCGACCACAGAAGGAGCAUCCUCCCCCUCCCCCGAAGAAAGAAGUAACUAAGAAAGUUGAACCGGUUAAGACGGAGCCUCCAAAACCCAUUGAGAAACCGAAGAAAGUCGAAGAACAUCCUAGGAAGGAGAAACCGGAAAAGGAAAAGCCGAAACCGAUCGAAAAGGAGAAACCCAAACCGGUCGAAAAGGAGAAACCCAAACCGGUCGAAAAGGAGAAACCCAAAGCGAUAGUAAAGGAAAAACCCAAACCGGUUGUAAAGGAGACACCCAAACCGGUGGUAAAGGAACAACCGAAAAAGGAAAUCCGGCCAGUCAAGAAACAAGAGCCUCCGACGAAGCCAGUAGCAGCAGGUGAGCUUUUUAUUGAAUCCGCUUAUUAUAUAUUAUUUGGCCAAAAUUCUAUUUCACAUUUGAAGUUGGUAUAUAUUAUGUUUUAAAAAAAUGGCAUUUGA